CUGAGCUAUAAAUACAGGCUUUAUUAAUUUUGCUGCUCUCAAGACUGUUUUUGUGAUGAUGUUCUUAUUAUGACCUUUUUUCUCCCUUGACACCAAGUGUCGUGACAAUAUAUACUACUUUCAUUUAAUUACAGGCACGUGGGUGGCAGAAAAGAAGGGUACAUGUGACUUCACAUAAUUUAGCAGCUUGAGCAAAUUAUUGUUUAUAUUUCACUCCUUUCACUGAAUUAUUAAUCCUCUGUCUUCUGGAAAUACAUUAGGAUGAUCAUCGCCAUCUCAACCAAUUCAUUGCCCAUGCUGCUCUUGACCUAGUAGAUGAGAACAUGUGGCUUUCAAACAACAUGUACCUGAAGACUGUGGACAAGUUUAAUGAAUGGUUUGUUUCUGCUUUUGUCACAGCUGGACAUAUGAGAUUUAUAAUGCUUCAUGAUGUACGGCAAGAAGAUGGAAUCAAGAACUUCUUCAAUGACGUAUAUGACUUGUAUAUAAAGUUUGCAAUGAAUCCAUUUUAUGAACUCAAUUCUCCCAUUCGAUCCAGCGCCUUUGAAAGGAAAGUACAGUUCCUUGGGAAGAAACACCUUUUAAGCUGAAUAAAUAACUUCUGAGUGAGCGCUUUUUCCACACUUCCCUGAUUAUUUGAACUGUAGUUCUUCUGGUUAGUUCUCCUGUUUGAUAUCCAUCUUCCUGAAGAUUGGCAAAUUGGAGGCUGAAGAAGUUGUUGGUUUUUUUUCCCAACAAUAGGAUAAGAACAGCCAAGCUUCUUUAGUUUAAAGCUGUAUCUUAAGAAGUUUCCUUCUAUGUGUUAUGAAAACCAAGUUUAAAAAUGUCAGAGGGCGAAUAAGUACAAAGUGAGAAAUGCGGGUGUCAAUGCCUAUGCAAAAUGUAAGCCUCUUCCACAGGGUGGGAAGAAAUCGGAUCUGAACACAAAAGCCAUUUCCAGUCAUGUGAUUUAGUACAAGCAACAUGGAAUUCCUGAUUGUUUGGCCUGAGGUGUUGAUUUUGUAACAAACUUUUUGACUUGCAGUCCUUUGCUAGAGAACUUACUCUGCAGACUAACCAGAUUAACUUUACUCUUCAUGGUAUUAAAUCAGGCCUCUAUUAAUACUACAAUGUGUAAUGUAUAAAGUGCUAAAUAAAAGAGGAUAUAUCAGCAAAGCUUUGUCUUCAGUAUUUCAGGAAGAUUUGAGGAAAAAAACAACCUUGACGUUUUAAACUUUAA